ACAAUACAAGGAAAAACACGUGCGGCUUGCAUACAUCACUACUAUUUUCAUUUUAAUUUAAUAAUAUCCAAUUACCGAAAAUGGAUAUUGUCAAGGAGGUAUUGGAGAAACAGCAAAGGGAGUUGGAGAAGUAUAAACCGAUAACGGUUGAGAAACAUUUGGAUUGUGAAUUGGAUGUCGGAAUGAUGCUAAUUUCAGACAUAAAUGACUUGGACGAGAAUGAAAUGAAGGAGAAUAGGGAAAGCUAUUUGCAAAGCUUAACCCGUGAUAAUACACAGUUGUUGAUAAACAGCAUCUGGGAGCUACCUACUGAACGUGUUGAUGAAUGCAUAGUUGCUAAAUUGCCGACACCAACCACUAUCUUGCCUCGUCUACGCAAAGUUCCUGGACCCAAACCCAUGACUAAGUGGGAGAAAUUCGCCAAAGAAAAGGGCAUAUCCAAAAAGAACAAAGAGAAGAAGGUGUAUGACCAGACUCUUGAUAAAUGGGUACCAACUUACGGAUAUAGACGUGCUGAUGCCGAAAAACAAAAGGACUGGGUAUUAGAAGUUCCUCAAAACGCUGAUCCCAUGGAAGAUAUGUUCCAGAAGAAAAUUGAUUUACGUAAUGAAAAAGUGGCAAAGAAUGAAAUUCAACGUAUGAGGAAUAUAGUGCGUGCCAGAAAAGAAGAAGUUCCGCGAAGUGGUUACCUUGGUGCUGAGGCGGCUACAUCGAAUCAGCUUCUAACCGCUGUGACUGUAGCAAAAUCUUCUACAGCAUCUAUAGGCAAAUUCCAAAGCAAACUGCCCAAGGAGAAAGAAGCCCGCGGAAUUGGUGUCAAAGAAUUGAUUCCUGGUUCCAAGAGAAAGGCGUCUCACAUUACCGACACACCCGAAAAAGAAGCCAAUUUGGAUCUUAUUAAGAGUGUAUUGAACAAAAAACCAAAAAUUGAUAUAGAAAAGGCGAUUUCCUUACAAAAACAAGAUGAUCGCUUAGAGCGUGAAGCAAACCCGGAUCAGGGUAAAUCAAAGGGCAAAAAGGGAGGUAAAAAGGCCAAAGGAAAGGGUAAAAAACCUAAAGGUGGUAAGGGCCAAAGAGCGCCGGGCAAAAAAGCAGCCAUAGGUCGAAAGAGGAGAUGAACAAGACCGCGUACCGAAAAGACCAACCCGUAAGAUAAGCAUAUUUUUCUGUUUUUUUUAAAGUAGUUUUAAUUAAAAGAGUACAUAGUAAAAACAUCUAAAAAAAUGUGAA